AUCAUAUUAUCAACAACGAAUGACAAAUUUCAUUUUAAAAUUUUAAUCACAUUACAUGAUUAAAAAUGGCUUGGCGUUUUAAAGCAUCAAAAUAUAAAAAUGCAACACCAAUUGUACCAAAACCAGAAGCAUGUAUUCGUGAUAUUUGCGUUGGUUCAUAUCAAACUUAUGGAAAUAAUAUUGCAGCAUCAGCAGCAUUUAUGGCAUUCAAUGUUGAUCACAAUGGAUCAAGUUUGGCAGUGCUACCACUUGAAGAUUGUGGAAGAAAAAGUAAAACAAUGCCAUUAUUACAUGCCCAUACUGAUACUGUAACAGACAUGAGUUUUUCACCAUUUCAUGAUGGUUUAUUAGCAACUGGUUCACAAGAUUGUCUUGUUAAAUUAUGGCAUAUACCAGAUACAGGACUUGAAGAAUCAAUAUGUAAUCCAGAAUGUACAUUUUCACAUCGUCAAAGAAGAGUUGAAGUUGUACAAUGGCAUCCAACUGCUGAUAAUUUAUUAACAACAGUAUCAUAUACAAAUUUAUCAUUAUGGGAUGUUGUAUCACAAAAUGAAUUAUUUUCAAAUAAUGAACAUAAUGAUGUUAUACAAUCUUUAAGUUGGAAAUAUGAUGGUACACUAAUAGCAACAUCAUCAAAAGAUAAACAAUUACGUAUUAUUGAUCCACGUAUUAAUAAACCAAUUGUUAAUCAUUGUUCAAGUCAUCAAAGUAUCAAAGAUUCAAGAGUUGUAUGGCUUGGUAAUAGUGGAAGAAUAUUAACAACUGGUUUUGAUGCAAGUAGAUUACGUCAAGUUUAUAUACGUGAUUUAAGAAAUUUAACAAUACCAGAAAAAACAUUAGAACUUGAUUGUAGUACUGGUAUACUUAUGCCAAUAUUUGAUUCAGAUACAAAUAUGUUAUUUCUUGCUGGUAAAGGUGAUACAACAAUAAUGUAUAUGGAAGUUACUGAUAAAGAUCCAUAUCUUGUUGAGGGUAUACGUCACAGUGGUGAACAAACAAAAGGCAUUUGUUCAGUACCCAAAAGAGCACUACAUGUUAUGCAAGCUGAAGUUAAUAGAAUUUUACAAUUAACAUCUUCAACUGUUAUUCCAAUCAUGUAUCAAGUACCAAGAAAGUCAUACAGAGAUUUUCACAGUGAUCUUUAUCCAGAUACUGCUGGCUGUGUUGCACAAAAUAAUGCUGAGGCAUGGAUCAAAGGCCAUGAUGCACCAGUACCAAAAAUAUCACUUGAUCCAGCUAAACGUGAAAAAGGCGAAGAAUCAAUAACAAUACACAAAGGAAACUUGGCAGCACUCAAGGAAAAUCAGCAGAUAAUUAAAACUGAAAAUGCAAAAGCAGCUAAAAGUCUACAUGCAACACCAAAAGGUUUUGUACAAAUUGCUAAAGUACAAUCAAUUGUACAAGAACAUGAAGAUAGAAAUAAUGAUAAACAAAAAGAUUUUAAUAAAAAUAAUGACAAAGAAAAUUAUGAUAAUGAAGCUGAUAAAAUUGAUGAAACAAUGAAAAUAUUUGAUAAUAAUAAUGAUGGUGGUGGUGAUGAUAAAAAAAUACAAAAUGGAGGAGGUGGAGUUGGAGGUGGUGGUGGUGGUGGUGGAGUAGGAGGACAAACAACAAUACCACCAAAACCAUUACCAAGAUCAUCACGUGCUAAUAGUAUAUCUGAUGAAGAACCAAAACCAGUUGCACGUCCAAGAACAUCACCAAAUUCAGCAUCAGUUGUCACAUCAGUCAGUCCAAAUAUUGUUGGUGGCUACAAGCCAAGACUUGGACCAAAACCAUUUCAGGCAAAAUCUGGAAAUCAAGAAUUUUCAUUUGACAAAGUAUUCUCGGUUCCAGUUGCGCCACCAAAUAAUGACAACAAUAAUAAUAGUAAUGGUUAUCAUUUACAAGAUACAAAUAAUUCAACAAUGACUGAUGAACUUGUUGAUGCUGAUAAAUCAUCACCAAUUGAUGAUAAUGAACAAAUAAUAAUAAAUAAAGAAAAUGAUAAUGGUAAAAGUGAUACAUCAUCAAUUGAAGAAGAUGCAAAUUCAAGUGAUUCUGGUUACAAGCCAAAAACACCAAGUACUGCUGAAAGACGUAAAUUAUUUGAAUCAAGUAUUAAAAUAAAAGAUGAUUCACCAGAUAAUGAUGAACCAGGUAAUUUAGAACGUGGUGGUUUAAAUAGAAAUUCAAUUGCUGAAAGAAGAAGAUUAUAUGAGAGUCGUUCAGUAUCAGUAACUGAUGGUAAUUUAGCUGAAAAAGCUAUGGGUGUUAUUGGUUCACCAACAUCAUUAAGACGACGUGAUUCAUUUAAAUCAAAAAAUGAUAAUAAAGAUGAUGAUAAAAUAAUAAAAUUACCAGUAACAAUGUUACGUCAACAAAGUAUGGAUCCACGUCUUGAAAAACAAGAUAUAAUAACAGCAACAAUAACAACACCAACACCAAAACGUACAUCAACAGUAUUUGGUAGAGUAUCAAAAUUUCGUCAUUUAAAAGGUACACCUGGUCAUAAAUCAACUCAUAUUGAAAAUAUAAGAAAUAUUAGUAGACAAAUAUCUGGUGAAUGUGAUGGUUUUCAUGCAAAUUAUGAACGUGUUGCUGUACCAUUAAGUGGUCCUGGUGGUAAAAUUGCUGUAUUAGAAUUAAAUAAAACUGGUAGACUUGCUGAUGGUGUUAUACCAGCAUUAGUACAUGGUGCAAGUAUUAUGGAUUUUCAAUGGGAUCCAUUUAAUAAUCAAAGAUUAGCUGUUGCAUGUGAUGAUGGUAUGAUACGUUUAUGGGAAAUACCAAAUGGUGGUCUUAUUGAACCAACAAAUGAACCAAAACAUACUGUUGAAGCACAUACUGAUAAAAUUUAUAUUAUUAAAUUUCAUCCACUUGCUAUUGAUGUACUUGCAUCAGCAUCAUAUGAUACAACAAUUAAAAUAUGGGAUUUAGAAGGUUUAAAUAAUAAUAACAGCAAUAAUAAAGUAGCAAUUGCUAAAAUAAUAUUAACUGGACAUAAUGAUCAAAUAUUUAGUAUUGCAUGGUCACCAUGUGGACAAUAUUUAGCAACAUCAUGUAAAGAUUGUAAAUUACGUGUUUAUAAACCAAGAACAAGCAAUGUACCAAUAAAUGAAGGUAAAGGACCAAUUGGUACACGUGGUGCUAGAGUUAUAUGGGCAUUAGAUGGAAGAUAUAUUGUUGUUAUGGGUUUUGAUAAAGUAUCUGAACGACAAAUAAUGGUAUUUAAAGCUGAUCAAUUAAAUACACCAUUAAAUACUGUUGGAUUGGAUGUAUCACCAGCAAUAUUAAUGCCAUUUUAUGAUGAAGAUAGCUCAACAUUAUUAUUAACUGGACGUGGUGAUUCAACAAUAUAUGCAUUUGAAGUUACUGAAGAAGCACCAUAUAUAUGUCCAUUGAGUCAUCAUCGUGCUGCUAAUUUACAUCAAGGUUUAUCAUUUUUACCUAAAAAUAAAUGUGAUGUUGCUAGUGUUGAAUUUGCAUCUGCAUUAAGAUUAACAAAUAAUAAUAUUGAACCAUUAAGUUUUACUGUACCAAGAAUUAAAAGUGAUUUAUUUCAAGAUGAUUUAUUUCCACCAACAAGAGUUACAUGGAAACCAACAUUAUCAUCUGGUGAAUGGUUCAGUGGAAUUAAUAAACAUGCAUCUAGAAUUAAUCUUCAACCACCUGGAAUGGAUUGUCUUUCAGAAAAUCAAGGACAAGGUAUUGUUACAGCACCAGUAUCAGCUAAACAAUCUGGACAAUAUUCAUCACAGUCAUUUGGCAGUGGUGGUGGAGGUAGAAUGGGAUGGAAUGCAGACACCAUGAAAGCCAAGCAAGAUGAGAUCCAAAAAAAUAUGAGCAACAUUGUUGGCGAUGUGAUAGAGUGUUCUUUGGAACAAGACCAUAUGGAAGGCGUGGACGAACAUGAAUGGGAUGAAUAAAAAUGCUGAAUUGAAACAACAAAUAAUACACAAGAAACAAUAAUCUCCAAGAACUUGCUGGUGCAUUUUUUUAAAUAUUAAAUGCAUAUAUUUGCAUAAGCCAUAUUUAAAUUAAUUAUUCCAUUAAAAUUUGUGCUUCACAUUUACAUCAUUAAAUAUUAAUUUAAUGCUUUUUAUUGAGUAUCACUAUUAACUAAAAUUAAUGAUACUUUUUUGAAGAAAAUUAUUUAUCAAAAGAAUAAGAAAAAAGUUUGUUUUUAUUUUAAAAUUUAUAUUUAUUAUAGAUCCAUGUAAUGGGAGUUUUUUUUUUAAAUAUUGUCGUGUGAUGAUAUAGCUCUAGUCUCGAUUGGUUUUAACAUAAAUAUCUAAUUUGUUUUUUUUUUUUUUUAUUGUCAUUUUAAAUACAAAUAUAUAAUUAAAUAAAAAAAAAUUAAUCAUAAUUAUUUAUAGAUUAUUGAUUGUAAAACUAUAUUAGAAUAAAUGGCAAUUAUUUAAAUUAUAAUUCAAUUUGCCUAUUAUAAAAGAAAAAAAAAUCGUAAAACAGUAAUAAUAAGAUUUUUUUUUUUAAUUUUUCAUAAUCAAUUAGUAAUAAAUAAAAUCUUGAGAUUUCUGGUUUUUUUUCUCUGAAUAAUGACAAUUUGUAAGUCAAAUAAAAGCAUGUUAAAACAAAAAAUUAAUUACGUUUUAAUACUCAAAUAAUAAUGAUAAAUUAUGGAAAGAAAAAAUAAUAUAAAAAUAUAUUUAUUAGCCAAUGAGAUUAAGAAUGGACCGAGGUUUAAACUUGAAGCAUUAGUAGCCAUCAUAAAAUUAAUUUAAAAAAUAUUAUUUGACUUUUUAAAAAUGAAAGAAUGUUUCUUUUUUUUUUUUUCUAUGCGCACAUAAAUAAAUUAUUUGAAUAUCGAUUUAUAUAUUAUAAAAAAAAAAUAAAUAAAUAAUCAUAUCAAUCAUAAAAUUAAUGAUUGUUUAAAAUAAUUAAUCAACAAAUUGUUAAUCGUAAAUUAAAAAGUAAAUUCUUCAUUAUAAUACUCAAGUAAAUGUCACUAAAUCCAUGACAAAUAAUAAUUAAAUUUCAUAAUAUUUUCAAUUUAUAUAUAAAAAAAUGAGAAAAAAAUAAAAAAAACUUUUUACAUUUAUAUACAAUUUUUUAAAUAACAAACCAACAAUUUUUGCUACAUAUAUAUUUUUUAGUAACGAAAAUGACUUUUUUAAUUAUUAAUUUUUUUAUAUAAAAAUAUUGUUUAUUUAAAUUUUUUAAAUGUCGUAAAAUUUAGUGAUUUUAUUUAUUAAUAUUAAUGUUAUUUCAAUGUGGCGCUAAUGAUGUAUAAUCAUCAAUGAUUAAUGACCAACGAGGUGCCAAAAAAUGAAAAU